AUGUUCCCGCCCAUAGACGGAGCCAUUCUCCGGUCUAAUCCCGACUUUGCCAACCUCUACACGAAGCUCACAAACGUCGUGCUGAACCCCGAUGGCUCGACACGGGAGGACCCGGCUGUCAAGGAACGCCAGCGGGUCAAGGACGAGCUCGACAAGCACCGCCUGCAGGCCGCCAAGCAGCACCUCCUGACACAGGCACUGUCCUCGCUCACGCCGCCACCGCCGUCUCGCGCCCCGAACCCUCGCCAGCCGCAGCGACCGACCCUCCCCGAGCCACUCCUCGACCUUCUCCUCAUCUUACCGCCGCUGCUCGCCCCCUUGGGCCCAGGCGUUGCCGAAGAUGACGUGUCCCUCUUACUGUCCAGCCCGCCUCUGACAGAGCUCGAUGGCUUGAUGCCCGACUUGACCAGUCUCCUCUCGUCGCAUCUGCGUAGCUCCGCAUUGAAUCUAGCGAGGAUCACGCAUCCGUCGACGAACCCCUCGUAUCUACACCGGCAUAUUCCCGCGCUCGCGACCAGCUUCGCAACCUUGACCCAGCAAGAGCGCGAUGCGCACCAAUCACUGGUCAAAGCGCGUCUAGAAGCGCUGUCCAAGCUGCUCGAGCUGAUGGACCUCUACGUAUGCUGUCUAACAAAGCUGAUCAGGACGCUGGAGUCAAAACACGGCGUCAUAGCCCGGAAUUUGGAUCUGCGGGCGACGGAGGCGUCACUAGAGGCAAGGCACGUGCACCAAAACGUCGAGAUGGCGCUACACACGACCGCCGGCCACGUGUACUCCCCCGACGCCAUGGCGGCUCUGAACAAGUACGCACUGCAUCUGAAGGACGCCAAGGCGCGCACGAGGGAGAGGAUCAAGAGUCUCACGGCCGAGCUGGGGAGCUAUGGUGUGGGCAUCCCGGGCGACGAGGCAAAGGAGCGGACAAUGAGAGAGAUGGCGCGUGUAUACAGAGACAUGGCGCGACAGGUGGAGGAUGCCAAGGGCGAUCUCAAACGACUGCAGCAACGAGGGUGA